UCAGCCCAUUAGCCUAUCCCAUCCCAUCCAUUCAUUCAUUCUUUCUUCUGCAAAAUCGCGCUCUCCUUCUUCUCCAGAUUCCAAUUCCUGUGGCCGACUUUGUAUUGGCUGCGAAAAACAAAUUCGAGUCAAGAUGCCUCACAAAGAGAGGCCUAUGAUGGCACUGUUAUUGUUUACAGGUCUAAAUGUCGUGUUGGCCUCCACCAUUACUCCAGUAUAUGAUUUUGUUUGCUUUCUCCCUUAUUGGGAAAGAAGGAGGGAAAGACGUCGGCUUGAUCGUGAAGCUGUUUUGCGGAAGGAGGAGAGUUCACAGUAUCCAUUUUCAUCUUAAGUCUGAACUAAUCUGCAUAAUUUUUGGGCUUGGCUGUAAAUAAACUCAGGAGAUCACUUUGUAGAAGAAGAGCCAAAUGUUCUAAUUAUAAUAAUUAAUGGUUUAUGCUUU